UUUUUUUAAUUUCUAAGAUCAGGCUAAAAGAUAGCUGGUUACUUCUCUUCUGGAAAAGCCUGACAAACCAGUAGCUUUCCUUUCCGGACUCAACCCAAAACUUUUCAUCACUUCACCUCACAACUUUUAAAAUCCCCGAGUAUCUCCAGAAGAAAAUUUAAGCAGUUUUAUUCAGUUUAUCAAAUGGCGAAUCCUGGAGCUGUCUGUAAUGGGAACCUUCAGAAUCAUCGGAAACAAAGCAACGGGUCCGGAGGUGGACCCUGUAAAAGAAAUGGGAUUAUUAAAGAAGCCCAGCCAAAUGGAAAGCCACAUUUCUACAGGAAGCCAUUUAUUGAAUCCUUCGAACAGGCACCGAUGUACGUUGCUGUUCUCACAUACAUGGGUUAUGGGAUCGGAACAUUGUUUGGAUACCUCCGAGACUUUCUGAGAGACUGGGGAAUAGAAAAAUGUCAUAUAGCAACAGAGCGAGAAGAACAAAAAGAUUUUGUGCCCCUCUAUCAAGACUUUGAGAAUUUUUAUAAGCGGAACCUUUACAUGCGUAUCCGUGAUAACUGGAACCGUCCAAUAUGCAGUGUCCCAGGGCCUCAGUUCGACUUGAUGGAGCGAGUGACAGAUGAUUACAACUGGACCUUUAGAUUUACCGGAAGAACUAUUAAAGAUGUCAUCAACAUGGGGUCUUAUAACUACCUCGGCUUCGCUGAAGCCAACAGUCAAAGUAUGAAGACAGUGAGGGAGGUGUUGGAAAAAUAUGGGACCGGAGUAUGCAGCACCAGACAAGAGAUGGGUAAUAUGGAUAAACAUAAAGAGCUGGAAGACUUGGUGGCUCAGUUCCUGCAUGUAGAAGCAGCUAUGGUGUUUGGAAUGGGAUUUGCUACUAAUUCAAUGAAUAUUCCAGCAUUAGUUGGAAAGGGUUGCCUCAUUUUAAGUGAUGAGUUAAAUCACACCUCUCUUGUUCUCGGCGCCAGGCUCUCAGGCGCGACGAUACGGACUUUCAAGCACAAUAAUAUGCAGAGCCUAGAGAAAAUGUUAAGAGAAGCUGUAAUCUAUGGCCAGCCUCGAAGACGCAGAGCCUGGAAAAAAAUCCUCAUCCUUGUGGAAGGCAUCUACAGCAUGGAAGGUUCCAUUGUUCGUCUGCCUCAGAUCGUUGCCUUAAAGAAGAAAUACCAUGCUUACCUCUACGUGGAUGAGGCCCAUAGUAUCGGAGCCAUUGGGCCAACAGGGAGGGGUGUUGUCGAGUACUUUGGGAUGGACCCUCGUGAUGUUGACGUGUUGAUGGGCACAUUCACCAAAAGUUUUGGAGCAGCCGGAGGCUACAUAGCUGGGAGCCAGGAACUUGUGGAUUACUUACGAACUCACUCGCACAGUGCUGUGUAUGCCACAUCCAUGUGCCCACCUAUAGCAGAGCAAAUCAUCAGGGCAAUGAAAUGUACCAUGGGACUAGACGGAACCACACAGGGGUUACAGAGAGUGCGCCAACUAGCACGGAACACAAGAUACUUCAGAAAAAGACUGCAUGAAAUGGGAUUCAUUAUUUAUGGUAAUGAAGAGUCACCGGUUGUCCCCUUGCUCCUAUACAUGCCUGGUAAAGUAGGAGCUUUUGCGAGGCACCUGUUAGAAAGGAAAAUCGGGGUAGUGGUUGUUGGGUUUCCAGCUACUCCACUGGCAGAAGCUCGGGCUCGCUUUUGUGUAUCAGCUGCUCAUACCCGAGAGAUGUUAGACACGGUUUUGAAAGCCGUGGAUGAAAUGGGUGAUCUCCUACAACUGAAAUAUUCCCGGCACAAGAAGUCAGUUUGCCCUGAACUCUACGAUGAGACAAGCUUUGAACUUGAAGAUUAAAUUUCCAAGCCCUGAAUGGAACAUUAGGACUUUGCCAGAAAGAACUACUCCUCCGCCCCUCCCCAAACCCCUCAAAAAGGACUAUAAAUGUAUUUCUUCACCAUUUUUGGACAGUUUUUGUUUCUCUAGUAAUUAA